GGGCGUGUUCGGCGCUGGCUUUAAAGUUAGUGUUUAAAGUGUUUUAAGCGCAGAGCACGCUUGUAGUAAUGGCAGAUUAGCUUCAAGUAUUACUUAGGAGCAGCUCUUUACUUCUAGGCUGUUUUACUUUUCGCGGAAAUCUACUCCCAAUUAUUAUUAUUAUUAGUGACGAGAUCUUCUGUUUCCUGCUAUCUUGCUCCACGAUUGUCCAGGACGAAAAACAAUUGGAGAAGCGCCCAAAGAAGAACCUCAAGGAUCAGGACACGCACCCCAUGCUCGAGUAAACUGAGAAAAACAAGACUUCAUCCACAGAAAACGAAGAGAUGUCACCACAUUCGCACUGGACUGGUCUCGGAUUUCCUCCGGGAUUUUUAACCUCCGUUUAUUAAUCUCCGGGUGACAGCGACCACCUUAUUCAUCAACUGAGAGUUCAUCGAUGGAUAAGUGUGAAGAAGGCUGUGAAAACCAAAAGGAAGGGGAUCCUGCCAAAGAUUCACAAUGCACGGAGGACAGUUGUGAAAGAGUAGCGGAGCUGGAAAAAUCGAUGGCUGAGACUGAGAUAGAGAGUUCAUCGUUGGAUCACUGUGAAGAAGGUUGUGAGAAUCCAGAGGAAGGGGAUCCUGCCAAAGAUUCACAAAGCGAGGAGGACAGUUAUGAAAGAUUAGCGGAGCUGGAAAAAUCGAUGACCCAGGAUGAGAUAGAGGAAAGGCGGAAGGAAGCUCGUCAUUUAAAAGAGGAUGGCAAUGGAAUGUUCAAAAAUGGCCGAUUCCAGGAAGCCUCGGACGCAUACACCCAAGCCUUACGACUGUGUACCUUGGAUGCGGCCAUUAUUUAUUCCAAUCGUGCAGCGGCUCGGUCUCGAUUGGACCAAAAAGAAGCUGCAAUAGAAGACUGCACCAGAGCAAUAGAGUUGGACCCCUGCUAUAUUAAGGCCAUAUUAAGAAGAGCACAUCUCUAUGAAGAGACUGAGAAGCUUGAUGAAGCACUGGCAGAUUAUAAACGCGCUUUAGAGCUGGACCCCAGCAUCCAGGAAGCACGGAGGGCAUGUGUGGUCCUUCCUGAUAAGAUCAACGAGCGGAACGAAAGGCUCAAAACAGAGAUGAUAGGCAAGUUGAAGGAAUUGGGCAACCUGGUGCUUAACCCUUUUGGCAUGUCCACCGACAACUUUAAAUUUGUUAAGAAUGAAGAGAGCGGUGGCUAUUCUGUCCAGUUUCAAAAGUGAGAUCAUUGUCCUGUAUUUAGUUAAUAAAUUGUGUUGUUCCUUUCA